GAAGAAACGUCACAUCCGGUGAAGAAAGGGGACUCAAUUGAGAACUCCCGGCGCCAAAAACAAAUUUUUUUGUCAUUAAACGGACACUAAAGAAAAUUCAAAUGUGUACAACGGUGGACACUGGAGAGAUCAUCAUCCUCAGUGAUGAUGAUGAUGAUGACUGUGAAGAAGAUGUAUCAUGCAGUGAACCCUCGGUUCUCCUGGUGGAGGUGGAGGAUGUGAAGCAGAGUGACUGUGUUUUAUCUCCCACUGCUCUGGAUGAAGACCUGGUCGUCACCUACUCCCGCCGUGCUGAGGUGCUGCCUCAUGCUCGCUACGACUGUCCCAUACAUCCUUUUGCGGCUACAGAUUGUGAGAUUGGUGCUCCUGUGGCUUCUAACCAGCUGAUGUGUGAACAGUGCUUCUGCUACAUCUGUGACAAGUUGGCGUCAUCGUGUGUAAUGUGGUGUCACAGCGGUAUGUGUCACUGCAACAGCCACAAGAGGAGCGAGUUCUGGAACCAGUUCAGAAACAGUGCACUACUGGGAGGACUGAAGAUUUUCAACCUCACUCUGUCUGAAAUAGACUCUCACCUCCGACAUGCAGAGACGAUGCUGCAGAACUUCAGACAAGAGCUCUCUGCACUCUUCUCUUCCUUCCUGAAGGGAAAGACGGCACAGGAAUACGGUCUGAAUCUACCGAACCAACAAAUCCUCAUCUUUGACUACACACCUGUGUACGAGUUUGUGUCAUCGUUCCUGAACAAAGCAGACAAAGAGGACGGCAGAGCUGCUGCCAUCAUGCAACUGGGAGCUCUUCAGUGCUUUAUUAAGCAUUUUCAAGCAUCAGGGACAAUCAUCUCGCAGUCUCCCAUGGCUCAUGCUACUGAAGCCAAACUGGUGUUAAUGCAGAGGGUCAUAGCGUCAGUGCAGAGACAGAUGGUGAUGGCUGAUUUUACCUCAGAGUUCAUCAACAAACUGCAGGACUUUUACAAGAAGCUCUAUUUACCUGCAGAGCUGAAGAGCCAUAGGAACAGCCUGUGUGUUCGUCCUUGGGAUGAUAUCCUGCUGGUGUCUGUGCUGAGGGGGCAGAACGUGUCGGGCGUCCGCAAAGACAAAGGCAAGAAGGACGUGCUGAUUGAACCGAUUUCUGUGGUUCUACUGAGAGCAGAACUCCUACAGCGACAGCACAGGUACAGAGAAUUGUGUCGCUACCUACGAGUCGUCCAGACUGAUGAUUCAAAACUCUUCCAGCACGUACAAGACCUCGUCCCGUUCUUCAUGUGCAUGGAGGGAGACUUUACGUCCGCUGUGCACAGCUUGCUGCCCUCAGUGAACGCCCCCGCCUCCCGCUUUACUCCACAGCUCUUCCGCUUUUAUCUUUGCGUCUUAAACACAGCAACAGCACCAAAGCUGGUGGUCAGUCAGCCGGCACAGCUCUGUCGCUCUGAUGCAGCAUGGGAGCCAAUUAAAGGUGCUGUGCCACUGGCACGUGCUGUGCUGGUGAGGUUUGCUCUCAGGGUUCACAGAUGCUGCUCUGAAGUCUUGAGUGAUUCUCAGUGUUGGACCAGUUUACUCAGAGUCGUCAACACACUCACCGCCCUCCCAGAACCGAGCCCACAGUUUCUACUUGACAUGAAGGAUGUGGUGAAUAUGAUACUGCUCGACCAGCACGGGUCAAACUUACACAUCCCACGAUUCUUUCAGGAUGUGUACCCAGAUCAGGCCUUGUUGCUGUUGGUAACGGGGGCUUUAGGUUUGAGAAUCGUUGUCGCUCCUCUGAGUCCAGCCCUCCCUGUGCUCAAUACAUUUACGGAGAACACGUGGGCUCUCAGGUGGCUGUGGACCAAUUUGUCCUUCAACCCACAACGCCUCGCUGCCUUCUCACAGGAGAUCUACCAGGAGAUGAAAAACACAGCAGAUGGGGAAAAUUUGCCAGUCUUGCCUCACCUCUUGGUACAGUGUUCUCUGUCUUCAACAGAAAACUGGGACCACACCUACAGCAGUCCAGCGCCUGUUAAAUUCCACUCAUCGCAGUGUCAGCUAGCUGAUCCUCUCCACCAUUUCUAGCUCCAUUUGCACAUAAAAUAACCAAGUUCUGGGCUUGAUUCCACGUUGACGUUCCUGUCAGACACUGCAUUCGCAGCACUCUUUCCUGAGUUGAGCACAGCGGAUGCAGAUGUGAUGUCAGAAUGCAGAUGUCAGAAUGUACCUGGACAGACCGGCCAGGUGUCAACAGA